UGUACAGUGAAGGUAUGGAAGCGGGGCAAAGCGAAACAAUAAUAAGAGCGCAACGGUCGUAACUACACAGUUAGUGUGAUAAGCUGUGGAACCUCUCAGCAAAUACAGGAAAUUGUGGGAAAAGGUGAGAGGCGCACACACCCCUGGGAGAUCACCAAAAAGUAGCUUAACCUCGCGCAUCUGCAGGCUGUGGCACAGGUACCGAGCCUCUCGGACCAGUGCAGGACAUGCGGAUAUCUCCGGCUUGGGACCGAGCCGGGGUGCACUGAUAGUUCGUUCUCCGUGGACAGAUCGUUUCGACGCCGCUGAAAAAGAGAAGACAUGUCCCGAAGGAAGCAGAGCAAGCCCCGACAGAUCAAACGUUCCCUCGGAGACCUGGAGGAAGGAGAGGACAACCUGCCCGAUGACCUCAGCCUUUCAGGGGACGAGGGCGGAGCGUCGGACCAGGAAGAUUCGGCUGAGUGCGAGGACUCCAGCCCGACGCGUCUCCCGCCGUUCAGUGAAGAGCCGAGGACAGAAGAUUCGCCUAGCGCACCGGAUGACGAGGAAGAGGAGCAGGGCCCAGGACAGAGCGCUGAGGAAGAUGAAGAUGAGGAAGAGGCAGAGCCACAGUGGGCCGGUCCAGACGAGCUCUGCCUGAGCCUGGUGGCUGGGCUUGGUGAGGUCAUCGCCCGGAGGAACCUCGCGCCCAACACCGUUUGGGGACCGUACAGUGGCCAUGUCCACACCAAGGAGCAGGGUGCAGAGCAGGAGGGAGAGGGCCCAAGCCUCACUGUGGUCAGUGCAGACACAGAGCUCUGGCUGAAAAAGCUGCCUGUCACCUCGAGCCAAACUAGGGCAAACUGCACCAUCUAUAGCCAAGGAGAAGAGCUGUACUGCAAGGUGACCCAGGCGGUCCACAAUGGUGACUGCUUACUGGCCACUCUGUCCAGACCCCCGAUUGAGGAGCAGGCUAAGGUUACUGAGGCCCACAAUGCACCAGUGAAGGAGGAGGAACCAGCCUACCCAGCAGCACUGCACACAGAAAUCCAGCUCCUCCCUCAGCAGGCAGGAAUGGCGGCUAUCCUAGCAACGGCUGUCAUCAACAAGGACAUCUUCCCGUGUAAGGACUGUGGGAUCUGGUACCGGAGCGAGCGGAACCUGCAGGCCCACCUGAUGUAUUACUGCGCUAGCCGACAGAAGCAGGAUCCUGCCUCUCCCCCCCCAGAGAAGCCCCGCGACUCCUACCCCAACGAGCGCGUGUGUCCCUUCCCCCACUGCAACAAGAGCUGCCCUAGCGCCAGCUCGCUGGAGAUCCACAUGCGCACGCACAGCGGAGAGCGGCCCUUCGUGUGCCUGAUCUGCCUGUCGGCGUUCACCACCAAAGCCAACUGCGAGCGGCACCUGAAGGUGCACACGGACACGCUGAACGGCGUGUGUCACGGCUGCGGCUUCGUCUCCACCACCCGCGACAUCCUCUACAGCCACCUGGUCACCUGCCACAUGGUGUGCCAGCCCGGCUCCCGCAGCGAGGUCUACUCCCCGGGGCCCGGGCUGCCCCCACUGCCGCUGGCCACAGGCCUCGGUCCUCCAGACUGCGGGGUGGUAUUGAAGUGCCAGGUGUGCGGAUACGGGGCGGACUCGCCCGCCCUCCUCCAGCAGCACGUGCGUACCCACCUGGAGGUGCGAGGCGUGACCGAGAGGAGCCCCGCCCCCCGGCGGACCCCGCCGUCCUCCUCCGAGAGCCCGGAGCCGGCCUGUGCGCCCCCGCCUGACUCGGACACCCCGGGGGCGGACGGAGGCUCGGCCGCACCGCGCGAGGGCGGGAGCAGCCCGCUGGACCCCGCCAGGGUGAGGGUCAAAGAGGAGCCGCGCUCCGACUCCGAGAACGAGGGGGACGAGGCCCGCGGCCUGAACGGGAAGGAAGGGGCGCGCCCGCACAGCCUUCUGGGAGGAGCCGGCCCCGCCCAAACCCCGCCCACGACCAAGACUCCGCCCUCAGUGGCUGUGAAGGCGGAGCCUCCCAGCCCCACGCCGGGCUCCAGCCCGGCCCACCAGGGUCUCCCCGGGGGGGCCGUGUUCCUCCCCCAGUACGUGUUCGGCCCCGAGGCCAUCCUGCCUCAGGCGUCUGAGAUCCUGGCCAAGAUGUCGGAGAUGGUGCACAGCCGGCUGAAGCAGGGCCACGCCCCCGGCGUCGGCACGCCGACGGCCGCCUUCUACGCCGCCGCCGGCUCCCCCAUCCAGAAGGGGGCGACGUGCUUCGAGUGCGACAUCACCUUCAACAACGUCAACAACUUCUACGUCCACAAGAGGCUGUACUGCUCCAGCCGCCACCAGCAGCAGGGAGACGCCCCCGCUGCCACCACCACGCCCCAGGCCAAGGACGGGGCGGAGCCUCCCGCGGGGUCGGAGGUCGCCCGCGCGCAGUCCUCCUCGCCUCAAGGAGGCGCCGUCGACAGCAAGCACGCGGAGGUGAAGAGCGAAGAGGCCGGGCCGAGGGAGGCGUCGUGCUCGGAGGGCGAGAGCGGGAGCGGGGGCAGGGCCAGCGAGGGCAGCCAGAGCCCCGGCGCCGUCUCGGGGGAAGGGGAGGACGCGGAGGAGGACCCGGCGGCCACCUUCUGCCAGGCCUGCAACAUCCGCUUCAGCCGCCACGAGAACUACACGGUCCACAAGCGCUUCUACUGCGCCUCGCGCCACGACCCCAGCAACCAGCGGCACCAGCACGCCGGCAAGGCCGCCGCCUUCCUCCCGCAGCCCGUGCGCACGCGCAAGCGCAAGAAGAUGUACGAGAUCCACAUGGCCCGGGCCCAGGCGCUGGCCCGCUCCGCCUCCACGCCCACCCCCGCCCUCACGCCCACCCCGGGGGUGAAGCAAGAGGGGCUCUCCGCCCCUUCGCCGGGGGCCAGUCCGGAGGGGGAGGGCCCCAUCGACCUCAGCAAGCGGCCCCGCCUCCGCGACCCCCAGAGGGCCUCGGCUCCGGCCCCGCCCCUCCCACUGACCGACUACCACAAAUGCACGGCGUGCUGCAUCAGCUUCAACAGCAUCGAGAACUACCUGGCGCACAAGGCCUACUACUGCCCCGCCACCCCGCUCCAGCAGCAGCAGCGCCCCCUGGAGCAGCUGCACAAGCUGCGCAGGCCUGCCUCUGCCUCCAGCUGCCCCUCGCCCCGGCCCGGCCUCCCGGAGCUCCACGCAGAGCGGCUGGGCGUCGCCAAGGGCCCCAAAAUUGAACCCGCUCCCGCUCUCCCCAGCCCCCUGGGACCCGAGGGGGCCCCUCUGCAUUUUGUACCGGGCGUGAAGGCCCUGGGGUCGCCCCAGCCCCCCAUGGUUUGCCCCUACUGUCCCCAGAGUGGGAUGGUGGGCGACUUGGUGGAGCAUUUCAGAACCAUGCACGGAUUGGUUCUGGCCCUCCAGCCCAGGGGUGUGGCGAGCCCGGAGGCCCCGCCCCCUAACGCCACCAGGGUGAGCCCCAAUUUGAGCCCCAGGCCCUCGAAGACGGCCACGCCCCCCAAGCAGCCCGGUAGAGACGGUGUGAACGGCCAGGUGAAGAGGGAGAGCGUGUCUCCCUCCUCUUCCUCGCCCCUGCUCAACGGAAGCCCCCUGCCCCACGGCGUCCCACCCACUUCCCCGCCCUCCCCAGGAACCACCCCCUUGCCCGUCCUGCACCAGCCCGAGACCCUGAAGGAGGCGGGGUUACACUCGCAGUCGCCCGAGAAACCCAGCCCGCACGGUCAUGCCCUCCUGGCACAGAAAGUGGCCCUGGUCUCUCCUGUGCAGAACGGGAACAGCCGCUACUGCAGGCUGUGCAACAUCAGGUUCAGCAGCCUCUCCACCUUCAUAGCCCACAAAAAGUACUACUGCUCCUCCCACAGCGCCGAACACGUCAAGUGAGCGUCUGACCCCGGCCCUGAACCCCACCCCUCUCCUUUAGACAGCCAACCCCAACAAGAGGGAACCCCCUGGCCCCACCCAGACUUACUGUGACCGCCUCCUCCCCAAACAGGUGUGAACACGCAAGACUGAAGAGACUGUUACUCAUCAGGCAUCAGGGGUUGCUGUCAGUUACCCGAUAUUCCAGGGUAUUGUUACUAUCGUAACUUAUAACUCAUCAAUGGGUCAAUUUGCUAUUACACUAAGGAGGUGAAAUCCACUACCUGCACACUUAAAAAGUGUGAAAACCAUCACGUUUGGAGUGUCGUGUAUUAAAAGUUUGGACAUUUAUCCUUUUUUCAUUUUACCCUGGUGAGCUGUGGGGUGUUCAUUCUUGUCAUUUUGAAUAAAAUGUCUAAUUCAUUUGACCGAAUUUCAAUUUUCUCAAAUCAGUCACUGGUCAGGAAACUGCCUCAAGCGAACAGGUUCCGUGACCAUUGUCUAUGAUGAUUUUAGUGUUUUUGAAUUAUGUUUUUAAAAGAUAAUAUACUGUAUGUUUUGUUAAAACACUGGCUCCAUCACUGAAAUGAAUGAAUAAGGUGAGACUGCUGUAAUGAAGCUAGAACAGUUCUAAGACUAAGAUCUUUAGCUGAAAUCUGUGAAAAUAUUAAACUUUACCACAUUUCUUCUUUUGGGAGGGGAGAGGGGUGGCAAAAAUGUGAAACAUUUUACUAUAAUCUUUGAGUCUUCACUGAUUUCAUGUGAACAUAAAACUACCUAGUUUUUGUCAAAAUAUGCUGUUUGUAGUAUUUUCCUUAUUUUAUUGUUUACCUGUUUUCAUCCCGUCACGUUGAGUUAGUAUCCACUGAUGUAGAGAGAACUUUGAUCUGCACUGUCAUCACUGAACCCGUAACAAACCCUGUUUUCCUUGUUUGUGUGUCUUUUGUUUUCGUGCUGGAUGCUCCUUUGGUGAGUUAGAUUUAAUGGAAGUGUUUCUUCUUCGCCUGUUUAGUCAAACUCCAUCUAAGUGAUGUAAAGUUUCCAAUUUGCAAGUGGUUUGUGGGGGUUAGACCCAUCAAGGGGAAAUCCACAUUCAGUCCUUUAGGAGCAAGUAGAGGAAGAAUUGGCUACUCGUUGGACGUGUUUUGUAUUGGGUUUCCAAGAAACGGAUCAAAACAAACCCAACCAACAAAAAAUGACCGAACAAAGGUUGGUGAAGUGCCAGUCUUCAUUUUAUUGUUUAAAUAAUUAUGAACCAGGUAUAAAAUUUCAAUGGAAGGAAAACCUAUAAAAAUACAUUGCAUAUUUUGUGUAUCGAUUCAAAAGUCGAAUUUAUUUUUGUUUUGUGUUAUAUGCGCAAACAUCUUUGCAGUUUACAUUACUGUCCGUUCAGAGAAGAAACCUUGUCAUGCAAUCUUCACUAAAAAUAAUCAAUACAACAAAGCCUUAGCCUGUUGAGCGGUAUACUGUAUGUAGGUUUCUCAGAUGAGACAUUAAGUCCAGGUCCUCUGCUGUUGAAAACAGGAAAUGACAUCAAAAUGUUUGUUCUGUUGGAAACAUAAUUUAAGUUUUUAUUUGUUCUUGCUUUGUUGCAUUCUCUUAACAGUGCUGUGUGAAUCACAGAGGUUUAUAGACAUAUAUAAACCAUUUUGGUGUAACAUAUUUUAGAUGGGAGUGUUUACAAUAGACUUUUUAUUUUUAUUGGAUACAUUUCAACCUACAGUAUAUGGCAAUAGCCCUUUUUGUAGCGUAUUUAUGUUUUACCAGCACUUUUCCUUAUCCAAACCUACUCCCUGUGAAGGACUGGUGAUGAAUUAACACACUUAACAUCAACUAGGCACCAUUUUUUAAUAAUGAAAAAUGUCAAAAUGUUGAUAAUGAGGGGGAAAAAACUAUGAAUGCAAGAUUUUUUUGUUUGUUUUUUCUUUCAUAUCUAAAUCUCUAUGAAGUUCCACUACACACUUGUCCAAACUAUGCAUGGGAAAAUAAACAAUCCUAAGGGACAUUUUAAAGCGCACAA